UAUUGUAUUACGCAAGAACUCACCAAGCAAUUAGCAGUUUAUUGUUGUAAGAAUUGGUUGUUUGUUGCAAGUGAGGAUAUAUUUAAUUAGUUAAUUGUGAAAAUAGGCUGACAAUGUCUACUCGAAAGUAUCAGAGUGAAAGCGAAAAACGAAAGCGAAAGAAGGAGUCUGAAGAACAAAAUAAAAAGUUACCAAAGCGCGACGGAAAGGCAGAAAAUGAUGACAUAAGUGGCAAUAUCGCAGGGCCCGAUAACAGUGAAUAUUUAGAUUCAGAGCAACCACAACCAGGUACGAGCAAAUCUUUAAAUGAAUCAUGUUUGGACAUAGAAAAAUUAAAAUCUUUACCGCAUGUUACUGCUAAAGAUAACUUUAAAGAACUCAAUGAUCAAGUAAAACGGUUUGUGAUCGAAAACGGACACUGUAAACCAAAAGGCCCCUUUUUAAGGGAUAGUUACAAUAGAUCUUUCUUAGAUAAAUAUUAUUACACUGUUUCUAAAUCUGGCGUAAAGUUAGAACGUACAUGGCUGUCCUAUUCUCUAUUGCUUUAAAAAGCAUAUUGUGAACUAUGUAUGUUGGUUAUUCGCAAAUAGGGCAUCUAAAAAUAUACAAAAUAUUUGGAUGGAAGGCUAUGAUGAUUGGAAACAUAUUGUGGAAGCCAUAGAAAGACAUGAGGCAUCGAAAGAACAUUUGCAUUCAUGUUUUGUACAUCGACAGUGGCAGUUACAUGGAACACUAGAUGAAGAGCAAGAGUCCAUUAUCAAGAGAGAAAAAUUUUUUUGGCGCCAGGUACUCACUAGACUCCUUGAUGUUACUCUGACACUUUCAACCUGUAAUUUAGCUUUUCGUGGCCAUAAAGAAACGGUAUAUGGCAACGAUUCUGGUCCAAAAGGAAAUUUUUUGAGUAUUGUUGAGUUAUUAGCCAAAUACGAUCCUAUUUUACAAGAGUUGCUAAGCAAACCUAAGGGCCAGUUUAAAUACUUAAGUCCAAAAAUACAAAAUGAGCUCAUUGCUGUUCUGGUUCAAAAAGUGGAAAAUGCUCUGGUAAAUGAAAUAGUCACCGCACCGUUUUAUUCCAUUUUGUUUGGUACUACUCAAGAUAUUUCCAAAACAGAUCAAUUGUGUGAACUUUACCGUUACUGUGUAAUCGAGAAAAAUGAAAAUGGAACGCUCGUAAUUAAAGUCAUUUUUAGGAUUUCAUGAGGUUAAGGAUCAAACUGCCUUAGCAAUGUCCAAGCAGAUAAUAAAAUCCAUAAAUGACAAAAGUAUUUCUCUGAAUAAGUGCCGUGGACAAGGGUACGAUGGAGCUAAUACCAUGAAAGGUACUUAUGGCGGAGUUCAAAAACUCAUACGAGAUAUAGAGCCAAAUGCAGCGUAUGUCCAUUGUGCUGCUCAUAAUUUAAACUUGGUAGUAAAUGAUGCAGUAAAAGAGGUCAUAGAAAUACAAACAUUAUUCGAAACUGUGCAACAAAUUUAUAAUUUUUUUGGCCAUAGUAUUAGACGAUGGAAUAUAUUAUCUAGUUUUAUAUCUGACAACAAAAAAGGAGAAACCGUUGUAUCAUCAAAUUCAGUAACAUUAAAAACAAUGAAUCCAACUAGAUGGGCAGGACGCUUUGAUGCCAUGUUUGCUUUAAAGGUUCGAUUUGUUGAUGUUCAAAAAGCGCUAACAAAAAGCAUUUUAUCAAAUUUCAAAUCAGAUGAGAGAAAUGAAGCUAUCUUGCUAAAGAAGAAGGUAUAGAACUACAAUUUUAUUAUGUU